AGUAUUCAGGCAGGCAGGCAGGGAAAGCAGCGAGCGCUGAGCAAUCAAGGGAACGAAUGAGCGGUUCUCACCGUCAGACCAUAGCCAGCAGUUGUCUGAAAUUCUCUCGCGGACUUAUUUAUACGAACUAUUUAGGAGGAAUUAUCUUUGAUAUUUAGUUGACAGUAUUUAUUAGUGAUUUAUUGAAAGUGAAACAAUAAGCGACAAUGGUUGUGAAAGUUUACAUAUCAGGGAUUAGUGGAAAUAAGGAAGUAAAAAAACGACAGCAGCGGGUACUUAUGAUUCUGGAGAGUAAAAAUGUUCCAUAUGAAGUAACGGAUAUCACAGAGCCAGGAAAAGAGGCGGAGAAGGAGUUCAUGCAGAGUAAAAGUAACCCAAAAGAUAGCAAAUAUCCACUACCACCGCAAUUAUUCAACGACGAAGAAUAUUGUGGAGAUUAUGAAGACUUUGAUUUGGCCAAUGAAAUUGACGAAUUAGAGAAGUUCCUAAAAGUGACACCUGCAAUUAGCACUGCAGAAAUAACUCUUGGAAGUAAAUCUCCGCCUAAAGAAACUCAACAAAAUGGAAAUACAUCUAGCCGAGAGCCGUCCAUCGAAAAACCUGCAUCAACGACUGAACCAGAAAGUGCUGCUGAAAGGAGAUCUUCGACGAUUGAAGAGACUCAAACGAGUGAACCGAAGGUGGUAAAAAACGAGACUGCCGAAGCGAACGAAUCAUUGGAAGCACCCAAAGAUGAGGUAAAAGACACACAAGAUGAUAACACUGAAUUACCUGACGAUGGUGCUGAUAAAAAUGAAGAGAAAUCUGACGACCAAGCAAAGGAAGAAUAGAUAUAAGUCACACGUUUAUGUGAAGCAAAUAAUAUAUCGAAAACGACUUUUUGAAUUUCGUUUACUCUUAUUAAUGGCUCUUUAUAGCAAGAUGCUUAUUAUGCAGGUAAGGCCAAAGGAAUUUACUGCCAAGUUGUGUGCAUCGCUUUAUGAAAGAAAGGGGUUUAAAUGAGAGAAAUAAGUCAUUUUCAUACUGUAUGGGCAUUAACGAUUUUCUUUUUCGAUUCAAAACGUAUCAAAACAAUUAGGAUUACUUCAAAAUUAUGCAUCAUAAAAUUUCAUCCAUGAUAUUGAUAAACUUUAACAGUCAUAAUAUGAAUUGUGUUUCACAAUGAAUUAUGCUUGAAAUCUUCAGACCCCUUGAUAAUAUAUUCAACAGUGAUAUAAAUUGAGAAAUACGUAUUCAUUGUUCAUAUUAAUUAGGUAAGGAUACGAGGAUUUUACAAGAUAUAAGAGAAAAAACAAAUAAAGAAUUUUAGUAUUCACAUUUAUUUGCAUGGCUUAUUUUGAUAUAAGCUUUGUAAUCUUUUGGUACAUUUUUCUUAAACUAAGAAAAUUCUUUCGGAGUUAGUGACAGGUUUAAAUUUUUCUCCAAUUUGCGUAACAGUAAAUAUUACUCACUACAACCUGUAUUCAAGUCAAUGUUUACAGUUAUUUUCUCAACAAUGGGCUGGGUAUAUAUUGUUACAAGUUGUUGCUCGGAGUCGUUAUCUACAUGUAUAUCUUUAUUAUUGUGUUAUUAUUCACGAGUUGAUACGUCUAAAAAAAAAUUCUAAAAUUUUAUCCGAUGUUUUGAAUAUUGCAAAAACAGAAUCAAACUGAACUUAGCAUAAGGUUACUAAAAUUCUUUCAAUUGGAAAGUUUCCGUUACAUCGAUUAGCUUUAACUUGAUAUUUUGCAUAUUUCCAGGUUGAAUAAUCAUGUAACUCAGCAGAAAAAAUGAUUCAUUGUACCCAUAAACAAUAGUAUUGAUAAUGAUACGAAGAAAGACAACUCACUUCCUGGUAUUAUUACUAGUACAAACAUUUUGUACUGCGCGUCACCUUGUAUACAACUCGCUAAGCUUUGGCAUAUUUUCAUAUUUCAUAAUAGAACUUUGUGUAAAUUUUCAU